CAAAUAAAUGCGAUUUUCCCUCUUUUCUCCACCUCCUCUCGGGCUGCCCACUUCUCCCAUUCCUCCCCGGGCCCGGCGUGGGAGGAACUUGCCGAGACUCAGCCUGCGUUUGCUGAGCUCACUGCGCAGAAAGGGUGUUUUCUUUUUUUUUCUUUUCUUUUUUUUUUUUCUCUUUCCCUCUUUAAAAGUCUCUGUGUGUACUCUACAGAGGGAACUGAAAAGCCCUAGUUAACCGGGAAAGGCUGUGAUGUAAGUGGAAUAUUGCCAAAGCUGUGUAUUAAAGUGUGCACGCAUGUAAUAAUAAUACUAAUAAAAAAUACAGCUAUAGGCCGCCGACUAGAGAAGGUCACGAAGCAUCCGCGGGUGAUUUAUGGACUCGGGGAUGUUGUCACAAGCAGAGUAGGGGUGUGAGGGGAACAUUUUUAUUUGAGAUUAAUAACAUCAACAUACAGAACGGAAACAGGAUUAUUAAAGCGACUGAAUGUUUCCCAAAACGAAAAUAUUUUUAAAUGAGAUUGCUUUUUCUUUCUCCCCUUCUUUCUCCCUUUCCGAGUCCUUCGUGCCAAAGUUGCGGUGAUAAAUCUCGGCGUGGCUUUAAAAAUGUUUACGGCUCGAAACCGUUAAUUCUGAUACCAAAUCACUCCUGUGUGAACAGUGUAAAGCAUCUCCGUCCUCCCCCUCUUCGUGGCGAUCUUCCGACCACAUUGGAGAAACACGAAAAAACAUAUUCUGAACCCUUAAGGCUUUUCUGCCUUGCAGGAAAACGGCCUUGUAUUUUCCCUACUGUUAUCCUGUCGUUGAACCCAGAGCUAAUUAUCUACAUAUAUUUAAGAUCUUAAACUCAUUUAUCUCGAAAUUACGGCCAGAAUUUAGCCAAAACCCUUCCCGAUAUAUAUAUAUUUUUUAAAUUACAUUCCGAGUUCACCAGCAGCCGUGGACAAACUGCCCCGGUCCACGCCAAACCGUUUCCAUCACUAACGUGAACCCCAGAAUGGGCGAAGCGUUUCCCUCUCCGUGGGGUUUCCAUGGGGGAAAGUGAAAAGAAACACUGGGGAGACAGGGGAUCGCAUCAGAUUUACAGAAAUAAACCUGGUGUCCACCGCCUCUGAUGAGAAUAUUGGGUUAUCAAUGGAUGGAGACCGGUGCAAUCCCUGGAAAUGCUGUGGUCGCUUGGGUGGGAGAUAAUCUCAGAGGAAAUGCUGGGGCUUUUGUUCAUUAGAGCCUGUCUUCUCCCCAUUUCCACCCAAAGGUUUCUCCCUAUGAUGAAUCCCCUUGCCCACGCUUUUCUAACCGAAGUUUCAUACUUUCCCCCCCCUUUUUUUCCCCCCCCAGUUCUUCUCCUUUCUCAAAGUCCACUGCUGCCUCGUAUUUGCUGGACCAGACAUCCGAGAAUUGGUCAGCUUCCAAUAGACAGCUGGAAACGGCCUGUCACGUGGCCUUGGGGUGCCAAUGUUCUGCCAUAGGGGUGUCAAGACCCUGGUAGCCAGAAAAAUCAUUUUGGGGAGUCCCAGAGAUGCAGAAGACAACGUACUACGACAGCUCCACGCUCUUUGGGGGUUACUCCUACGGGAGUGCCAAUGGGUUUGGCUACGAGGGUCCCCAGCAGUCCUUCCAGCCGGCCUCUCACGUGGAGAACGACUACCAGAGGUCCGCCUGCUCCCUCCAGUCUCUUGGCAACACAACCCCGCACGCAAAAAGUAAAGACCUGAACGGGAGCUGCAUGCGUCCAAGUUUGCCCCAGGAGCACCAUCCGCCUCCCCCUGUCUCGCCGCCCUCAAACCCUGCCACCAACAGCACCAGUAGCAACAGCAAUAACCAGUCGGGGAGCAGUAAAACUGCCCCCAGCAAAGCCAACCUCAGUGCAAACGCCAGUCUCACCAAGCAGAUUUUCCCCUGGAUGAAAGAAUCAAGGCAAAACUCCAAACAGAAAAACAGCUCCCCUAGCACAGAAACCUGCAGCGGCGAGAAAAGCCCUCCAGGCUCCUCGGCCUCCAAGAGAGCCCGCACAGCCUACACCAGUGCUCAGCUGGUGGAGCUGGAGAAGGAAUUCCACUUCAACCGCUACCUGUGCAGGCCCCGCCGCGUGGAGAUGGCCAACCUGCUGAACCUCAGCGAGAGGCAGAUCAAGAUCUGGUUCCAGAACAGGAGGAUGAAGUAUAAGAAAGACCAGAAGUCGAAAGGCAUGGGGUCUUCCUCUGGAGGGCCCUCUCCCACCGGCAGCCCGCCCCAGCCCAUGCAAUCCUCCGCUGGAUUUAUGAACGCCUUGCACACCAUGAGCAGUAACUAUGAUGCCCCCUCGCCGCCUUCCUUCAAUAAACCCCACCAAAAUGCCUAUGCCAUGUCAACUAACUACCAAAACCCCAUCAAAGGCUGUCCCUCCCAACAGAAAUACGCCAACACAGCCCCCGAGUACGACCCCCACGUCUUACAAGGGAAUGGGGUGGCCUACGGGACUCCCAGUAUGCAGGGAAGCCCCGUCUAUGUUGGAGGUAACUAUGUGGAUUCUAUGCCCACCUCUGGCCCGUCCCUUUAUGGCCUCAAUCACCUGCCACAUCACCAGGCUGCCAACAUGGACUACAACGGGCCUCCGCAGAUGCCCACGAGCCAGCACCAUGGACCAUGCGAGACCCACCCCACCUACACAGACCUUUCCACGCACCACGGUUCUUCUCAGGGCAGAAUCCAAGAGGCGCCCAAGCUGACCCACCUGUGAUAGGGAGCAGGGACAGGCUCAGGCAAAGCGCAUGGGACCCCGCCACGGGGCAUGGGAGAGGGGAAGAGGGCAGGAUCGGCUUCAGGAACAUUUGUGUUGAGCUAUUUUCUUUCUUUCUUUGACGGGGCAAUUUCUACCAGGUUGUUGUGCUUGCUAUUAUUGUUUCCGGGUUUUAUUAGGCACAAUUUCCAACCAUUUCAGUAUUUACUGCCAAAAGCAGCUCUCUCUCUGAAGAGAUAUACCUCCCGUGUUUCAACACAAAUGCUUCUGAAAUGGGUUUGAGGUAGUUUUGUGGGAAUCUAGCAGAUUUUAAGCAGCAACGUCCUUCAUUUCCAAACCAAGUACAGAUUGUCACUGAUAAUUCUCGGACACUGGAAAGGAGAAUAUUCAGCCAGCCAAGUCUUUACAGUUGGUGUCUCUGCAUCUACGUAAACAUGCACACGUGUAUACAUUUGCAAUCAAAAGAGAUUUGCAAGAAAACUAUCCUCCUCUCCAACUCCUUCUCAAGAGGAACCUCACGCUUUCCUUUCCAGCCUUCAGAGGAAGUGCAUCAUUUUUCGCUGAGUAACUUCCCACCAGUCCCCACAUAAACUGCAAAUAUACAUACCUGCCAACAUGUGGGAUUCACGCUCUUCCCCUCCGGUCCCUGCCUCCCCUCUCAAAAAUAAUAAUAAUAGUUAAAAAUUAGAAUAAGAGAGGUCUAAGAAUUGCAAAAGGUUCGGGAAAAAAGGUUUUGAAAUGCCUAACCCCCCCCCCCAACAAUAACAGCAGUCCAAAGAGAGGAAGAAAGGGUUGACAGGUCUGAAUAUUUUCCCACCUUUGCCUCUGAUGACAUGAAGUGUCCAUUCGACAGCAUUGGGGUUUUUUGUUUUGGGGGUAUUUUUCUUAGGGUUCAUUAACAGAAAAGCAAUCUUAAGACUUAGAAGUCCUACGCUUCUUUCCUCCUCUUCUCUUGACCUUACGUGAAAACAGGGUAUAUUUGAACAAACGGAAUGUCCUCCAAUCGAAGCAGAAGUGAAUGGAUCUCUAGUAUUUGCUAAUGCUUUCUUGUCUGGACAUCUUUGUUGCACUUAGAGUUUACAUAUAAUGGGUAUAAAAACAACUUUGAAGGGCUUUCGUCCAACUCAGUCGAGAUGCCCUUCAAUAGGUGUGUGUUCUGGUGAACAUUCAUAUAUAUUUAUUGGUUAUAGCCAGUUUAAAAUAUUUUCCUUUUUUUGUAUUAUUUAUCCCCAAUAUUAUGUAUUUAUAUGAGGAAAAAAGAAUCAAAUUGUACUUUUUUAGUAUUUACUUGUUAUAAAGGACAUUGUGUUUCCUUGUCAUUGUACAACAAGCUUAUUUUAGUUAUUGUAAUUUAGAAAGACCAGUAGUUUUAUGUUACCUUCGUACUUAUGAAUAAUGUAAUUAGUUCUACUGGAGGCAUGAGAGCAGAACCAGACUGUAAUUGUAUAGUCCUGAAUUAGGAGAACUAUAGCUAUUCCCUCCCUCCCACCUCACCCCUCCUCUUUGGAGAUCUUUCUUUGUUCUUAUAGUAGUUAUUUUAUUUCC